AUGCCCGGCCUUCUCGACCAGCUCGAUGCAGUCAUUUCCGACCAGUUGGCGACAUGGAACAUCUACUCCACUCUCCUCGUCUUUGCCAUGCUCGCCUUCCUUGCUUUUGUCAUUUACGAUAGCAAAGAUGCCGACACUCACCCACUGCUACUUGCUAGACAGGCGCAGGCCUCAUACGUGCGCCAACCGGGAGAGUCGGCCAUCUUCAGGUCGCCCGAAACGCCUCAUGGCUAUCCCCUCCGAACCGGCCUCGCCGUCAAGAUACCCGGCGCACCCAUGUACUCUGCCGGCAAGGAUGGCGACCUGCAGGACAUCUGGAAGCGCGUCACGGGCGAGAUUCCCCUGGAAAAGGGACAGAAAUCUAGCGGGACAGCAACGCUGAUGACGGUCCGGGGCAAGGAGGGCGUCUCCGAACACGCCGUUGACGACAUCACCAAGGAGAUAGCCAUUAUUGGCAGCCACCUGAAGGACCACGGUGCGACGAGAGUGGCUGUCUACCUGCCCAACAGUGUCGAGUUCCUGGCCGUCCUCUUCGCCGCUGCCUUCUACGGCUUCACUCCCAUCCUGAUUCCCUUCAACCAACCACACCCGACCCUCGUGGAUCUCUUGGUCAGCACAGGCGCUGACGCGUUGAUUGCGGCAGCUGGCUCCAUCUCACUCGCCGAGGUCGGCAAGGGCGCUCCAGGUCUCCGACAGAUUGUAUGGACGGUCGAGGAGACAAGCAGACACAUGGACUGGAGCGAGGUGCCCCAAGGUAUCGGCGGGAAGAUUGACGUUUCCGUAUGGCACGAGCUCGUGCUAGAGCAAAAGACCAGUGCUGUGCAGCUGCCUGCGAACAAGGACAAGGCGCCCAGCGUUGCCUUUGUCUGGCAGGAGGCUCCUGGUAAAGCAGCCGAAGUGGUCGAAUUCACCCAACAGAACUUGGCCGCUGCCAUCGGUGCCUUGAUUACUGCUCUGCCGCCCGCGCCUCGCAUCAACCCCUCGGACACGUUCCUUCCGGCUGAUGCCUUUACAAACUCGUAUUGCUUAUGCUUAACUCUGGCCGCGCUCUUCUCCCAUGCUACCGUCAUCAUCAACUCGGUUGCAGGUCCAGGUGUCGACCUGACGCUAGCCAGCCGCUCCAUUGCGCCCACAGUCACCGUCAUCUCUGCUGAGACGGCUGCCAAACUUCACAGCACUACAAACGUCUCCAUCACAAGUGGAGCAAAGAAGCUGGCUCACUAUCUCGAAUCACGCAUUCUCCAAUCCGGUCGUUUACCCACAGAUUCGCUACUAUCAAAGCUCAACCCACCAACAAGGGCCAAUGUUGGCAGCACGCCAGGAAAGCUACGGCUCAUUUUCGUCUCGGAGCGUGCCGGCCACAAUACGCCUCCACUGAGCUCAGAGGAUCUUUCCGAUCUUCGCAUCUACACCCAAGCCCGUGUAGUCUACGCCUUGACAGCUGCCAAAGUUGCAGGCGCUAUCGCACAGACUAAUGUUUAUGAUUACAGGACAGGCAACACACCAGCCAACAAGCACAGCCAUUUUGGCGUACCCCUGAGCUGUGUAGAGAUCAAGUUGAAGGACACGCCGCAGCUCAAGACAACGGAUGAGCGGUCUGUUGGCGAGCUUGUGGUUACUGGGCCUGCCGUGGCUGGUGGAGAGGUACAUCUUGGGUUCAAUGCGACCGUGCGAGACGACCAUACACUGGCAUAUGUAUAG